GGGUUCUGUCCUUGACGGGGCCUAUUUUAUCGAACGCCGAGCGUAGUUUGAUAAUAAAACGCAAUUCCGAGUCGCGAAAAUAUUAAGUCGAACAAUGCGUUUCAUAAAAUUUAACGACGAACGAAACAGUGCGAUUCUAAGCGAAUCGCGUAUUACCAGCGACAAUUAUUAGAAACUGUUUGAAAAAGUGCGCGAUGACGAACGGCCUGGCCCUCGCGACGUACGCCUCUGUGUUGCUGUUCGAACUGUACAGUUUUCACGAAAACGCGCAGCUGAAGAACCGCCUCGAUCCCGACAAAAUAAACGACAGGUUCAAAGCCCUCUCGCGAUUCGGAAUGCACUUUUUCACGAUAUGGAACUUUGGCGUCCAGACGCUUUUCUUGUGCACGGCUGUGUUGGACGAGUUGCUACAGAUCCUGACGCCCAAAACCAAGUUGCAAAAGUCCAUACAAUACGUCAGGCACGUGACAUUCUCGACUAUCGUGUUUCCGUGCACGUUGCUCGUGGUGACGGUGUUCUGGACCAUAUGGCACAUAGAUCGCGAGCUCAUCUUCCCAAAAGCCCUGGACGAUUUUUACCCAGCCUGGCUCAAUCACACCAUGCACACGUUCAUUUUGGUGCCCCUGGUCAUCGAAGUUGCAUUUUCCCAAACCGUGGACAAGUACCACGUGCUGGAGAGGUCCCUGCUAGGGUUGCUAGCGUUCGCGGGUACCUACCAGACGAUAUAUUUCUUCAUCUAUAUCAGGCACGGUAUAUGGUUGUACCCCAUUUACGGAGUUCUGAACUGGAUGCAGAGGAUAGUCUUCGUCUUGAUAAAAGUUAUAGCUUGCACGCUCUACCACUAUGUCGGGGUAGCGUUGCUGACAAGAAACAAGACGCGACCCGAGCCCCAAAAACUUUUAUAGGAUAUUUAAAAUAAAUAAAUAUUUAUAUUACGAAUAUAUACUGUCGAAUCGAAA